CGCCAGCAGACGUGUCCUACAUGCCGUCUGGACAUCUUGCAAGCGUCAACGAAUAUGGCACCGACUGCUGAAACUGGACGCGAGAACGUCGCCGCCCAAAAUGCUAUAAACGCGCCAUUCCAAGGCAUGAUUCCUCCAGUAAUGCCAAAUCUAGCGGCAGCGUUUCCUUUCCUUCCGCCGAACUUUAUUCAUCAGCCGGCGCCUCCUCAGAGGCCUCCAGCUACGACCAACCGUACUCCUUCUACCUCCGCCACUAUCGAUCAGCCUUCUACGUCUACAGCAACGCCGGGGACGCAAGGAAUUUUUCCUUCCUCGACCACCCAAGGAGGCGGACCUUCAAUACCGCCACAAGUACCGUUCGGAUCUCCGUUCAUGCCGUUUCCGUUCAUUUUUCCGUUUCCCCCUCCACCAAGUUUUGCUGGUCUCAGCGAUGAAGAGGUUCGGCGAAUGGAAGGAAUCGAGCGCGCGGCCGUGGAGGCAAGAAUCCAAAGCUUAAGAAACAUUCAGACGUUGCUUGAAGCUGCCGUUAUUCAGCUUCAGCAGUACACCUCGAUCGUGACUACAGUCAGACCACUCACCACUGUCAGCGGCUUCACGCAGACGGAACCACUGGAAGAAACAAAACAUGAUGCCACAGAAAGGUCAGAACGAGGGACAAGCAAAGUCGAUGAUGUUACGAAAAGUUCUAUUAGCAGCAAUCCUGUCGAUGCUGUUCGACAGCGUAGGUUGCAGUAUUUUCAAUCCUAA